AUGCCAUUCUGGACUAAUCAGGAUACUCGCAAUGCCAUGGUAGCGACAAUGAUUCCAGGCGGUGCUGCCAUCGCAGCAUUUGCCCUUUUUGCAAGAGACAAGGAAACUGUUGACUGGUGGUCUAAUGUAGUAAAGAAACCAGACUGGGCUCCAACCGACGUACGGUUGUAUUCCGUGAUGGACAUACUGGCGUUGUCGCCUCUUGGGUAUGCUUCCUACCUUGUGUACAAAAGCGGAGUUUGUCCAGGUUUCGAUUACACUGACACUCGCCUAGCUUUGGGUCUUUAUGGAGCGAACAUGGCGCUCGCACUGACAACUAUUCCGCUUGUCAAGAAGAAGAAUCUCAGUCUUUUGUGGAAGAAUACUCUGCUUGUCCACUUGACUGCUGCUGGUGCUGCUUACGCAUUUUACAAGAUCGACAAACAAGCAGGAAUGUGGAUGAUUCCUUACGCGGUGUGGACUGGCUUUUAUGCUUUCCUGACCUGUUCGAUUGAUAAGGAAAACCAAGAUUAUCAAGGACAUCUAGAUCGGCUGAUAUUGAACUUAUUUUGCUCGUUUUCAUUUUGCUAUGAUUUUACUGACCAUUCUAUUGACGACGCAUAUUCUACAUUUGUUUACUAA